AAAAUAACAUUUUCAAUAUUCACACUACUCGGUUCUCUGGGUCACGCACGUUUUUGAUUUGUGUCUCAGGACUCUCUGUUUAACAUGGCUAUAUAUGAUUACGAGGGGCACGUAGAUGAUGAUGAUGUUGAAUCGAAUAAGGAUGUCCCCAUAGACACAGCAUGGGAAUUACAACAAAAGAAGACUUUUACCGCGUGGUGCAAUGCUCACUUAAGAAAUGUUAAUAAACAAAUUAACGUCAUAGAAAAUGAUUUUCGCGAUGGAGUAAUGUUAAUCAAAUUACUUGAAGUUAUCUCUGGUGAAUCAUUACCGGGUCCUGAGAGGGGAAUGCUGAGGUUUCAUAAAAUUGCUAAUGUAAACAAAGCUCUCGAUUUUAUCCAGAGCAAAGGCGUCAAGCUGGUGUCUAUCGGCGCUGAGGAAAUUGUCGACGGGAAUCCAAAAAUGACUCUUGGGAUGAUAUGGACAAUCAUUCUUCGCUUUGCUAUCCAGGAUAUCCAGAUAGAAGAUUCAUCUGCUAAGGAGGGUUUGCUGCUUUGGUGUCAAAGACAGACUGCACCGUACAAAAAUGUGUGCGUCGAGAAUUUCCACACUAGUUUUAAGGAUGGACUAGCGUUUUGUGCCAUAAUACAUAGAAAUCGGCCUCACCUAAUCGAUUACUCUCAACUCAAAAAGGGUGAUCACAUCAAAAAUCUAAAUCUUGCUUUUGAAAUAGCGGAAAAACACCUUGACAUUCCAAAAAUGCUCGAUCCAGAAGAUAUGGCAAGCCGCAAGAACUGUGAUGAGCAAUCUGUGAUGGCUUACUUGUCUUCAUAUUAUCAUGUGUUCUCAGGAUCUCACAAGACUGAUAUCGCAGCUACUCGUAUCGCUAAUAAUCUUCGGAUGAUUAGGGAAAAUCAAAAUCUGGAAGAAUGCUACGAAACAAUUUCGAGUAACCUUUCGGACUGGAUAAAAAUAAAGCUACGAGAAUUCGGACAACGUGAUCCUCAAACAUCUGUUUCCGCUGUUGAAGGACUACAGCAGAAGUUUAGAUUGUAUUACCGCCAAGAAAAGCCAUCUAAGUUACAGGAAAAAGCUCGCUUGGAGACAACCUACAAUACACUCCAGACUCGUCUGCGAUUAAACAAUAAGUCUCCUUAUGUACCAGCCAACGGACGCUUGAUAACGGAUGUUGCUAAGAAUUGGAGUUCUUUAGAACAGGCUGAUAAAAUCUAUGAGGAAUGGCUAUUAGAAGAACUACAAAGGCUAGAGCGUCUUGAAUAUCUGGCUAAGAAAUUCGAGGUGAAAUGCUCCACUCAUGAGGCAUGGACUAAUGGGAAACCAGAAGCGUUGGCUUCAAAUGACUUCCGCUCAGCUAUGCUAUCGGAAAUGAGGGCAUUUCAAAAGAAACAUGAGGCUUUUCAGUCGGACAUGACUGCUCAUCAUGCUCGCAUAGAGCACAUUCAGGCGCUUACCGAAGAACUUAAGUAAGCCUUUUCUUGCUCUUACUUGGACGAAAAUACUGAAUUCCUCAUUCGAAUUUAUUUAUGGCGUUUUAAAAUUUCGCUUCCAGAAAUGUAUCGCACAAAUAAAGUGGUAUUGUGAGAAAGGAGUGUCAUGCAAGCAAUAAACAAGUGAACAAGAAUAGCAGUUAGUAAAAAAUAAAGUUCGUUAAAAAAUAUGGUCAGGAUAGAGUUCUUCCAGUUAAGGGAGUUCGACCUGUCUUAAGCUUAACGUUCGGUAGAUUUCUUUUUGAGUUCUACCCUAGUUAAUAGUGAACCGUGGUUUUGUCUCACCUUACAAUUCAGUUUUUAUAAUUCUCCACUUCGAGGCUGGUUUUAGGAUAUCCUAAAUUUUUAGACCACUGGUUUUAUCCGCUCUACCCGUUUUCAGUGUAUUGUUUUUUCUUUUACGGUCGCAAACUUUUGCCAGGAUCUAUCUAACUCACAUUUCUCCAUGGUCAUCAAGAAUCCAUGUAAGCGAUCUGUAUGUCGUUUUUCUGUCAUCCAAGUUAUGAAUACAGUGAUAUUGAUUAUUGUUAGAGGUAUGACGACAGUUAUCACUCCCCGGCUGCCCACACCGUCGGAAGGUUCUUCUGGAGCUACCUGAGGUGGAAAUUGUGUUAUAGGUGGUUUUGUUGGCCUGAGAGUGUGACCGCAGUACUCAAGAGACAACUGCUUGAGGCCGGUCACACAUGACUUCUCGUAAGUAAUUUUCUUGUUAGCUCAGUACUUGUCGAAACCUUAGCGCCGGAGUCAGAUAUCCGUGGGAUAAGACAACGUGGGUAUUUUUAGGGUCGAGCUUUUCUAGCCCUACACUUCCUUGUGGGAAGGCAGCGUCGCUCUUAUGCUGGUUGUUUAAAGGUAACACCUUACUGUUGUCCCACCUCUCUACAGUCAGCAGUACGACUUCACAUCAGUCGUUGAAGUCACUAACUUCUGUUCUGAGCCAUGUCGGUAGAUGCAGACUACUUGGUUGCGGUCCGCGUGACUAUCGUAACCAAUGGUUGGAGACUAUGGGUGACAUGGAACAUGAUCGAUCACAAUGGCGUUUUUGUAUUCACUCUCUGUCUGCACUUAAACCGUGAGAUUAAAAUUGCAUUAUACCUUUAUUUCUACAAACUAAUUCUUUCUUCCUGUACUAUAUGCUUAUACACAAUCUUUCUUUUAUAUAUUACUGCUAUUGAAGUGACUAGUUCUAUGAAUUUGGUGUCCAUUUUGUUGUGCUAAUGAGGUGUGUCGACUUGGACCGAUGCACAUAUGUGCCUGGUCCUACAUUGUAGCUGACUAACAUCCUUGUUAUGCAGUGUGACAAAUGUUUAGGUUGGUUCCACGAAGUAUGCACAGAUCUUAUAGUAAUUGCUAACAACAAACUUAUUAAGUCAGAUCGCAGGUGGAUAUGUGGCACAUACAACAUGAAGGCUGAGGUUUUACUGAGUAACAUCAUCAUUCUCUUGAAAUGUCUGCGAAAAAAUUGUAAGCAACCCUGAAAAAAGGCAAUCCUGAAUUGAAUAAACAAAGACGCUCAGUAAAGUAAAGAAGAGGGUCUUCAACAUUAUUAGUAUCUAUGGAACACGCAUCGACACGAGUGAGGAUAUCCUGAAAUUCAGCACCAUCAUCAUAUCGGCUGUGCUAAACUCUAUCAGCAAACUUGUGUCCUCCAGUACAGGCUUCCUAAAUGCAACUGUGGUCCCAAAAAUUUUUGUAGACAACUGGAUCCCGUCAACACAGUUAAAAAAGAUCGAGUGUCUCCGUCAAAAUGUUGAACAGCUUAGGUCUUGCAGGAAAACCACCUCGUGAAGUGGCUGUGUAACCUACCUAUAUGAUUGUCCAACUAGUCCGCAAAGAGCACGGGAAUCCGAAACGCAACUCAUCUAUCAAGCAAAAACGUCCCCAACUCCAACGUACCCGAGAACCUGGGAAAACGAUCACGGUUCAAGAUAAUUAUCUCAUCACUAUGAACCUUAAAGACAGCUCUGACCUUCCUUUCAGUCUGCAGGACAAAAAUAACAGGUUGCUCUGGUAUGAGUUAAACAGGAAGCUCAAAUUUCCCUGAAUCGAGCCACUGACGGUUAAACGGCUUACUCCGAGGGCAGGAUUCCAAGCACCAGAAUCGUCCAAAACUCCUACGAGCAACGUUCACUCACAAUGCUGACGGGGAGGAUGUUCUGCUGGUCAGUCAUUCGCUGAAAUAGGAAGGGGACGUAAGAAUACCGUCUAAUACACAAUAUUCUGAGCGCAAUGUCAUCCGGAACAUUCCUAAGGAAUCUCGUGAGACGCUCUUUCCUGGAAGAAAUAUGAUUGUGCAAGUCGUCCCAAAAAAGCACUGUUCCUGACCAUGUAGGCUAUUAUAUUCUAGAGUUAAAGUUCACGAAGCAGUCCUUGAAACUCAAAAACAUAUUUACUCAACAAGAGUAGCGGUUGCUUUAUCUGUUCAUAUAGCUAUAAAAUUAACUAUUAGUUGUAACCACUCAUUUUUUACCAAGCUGGUAAUCAUUUUUAUGUUGAAAAAAGUUUUUACGUUUUGUGCCAAUACUAUUAUUUUACCUUUCAGUAAACUGAAUCAUUUUAACAUAAAUGCUUUCAAUCAACGUUACAAUACCAUUAUAACCACAUGGGAUGAAAUGAGAAAGUUGUCCUCUCAAAGAGAACGAGAAAUAUCUGUGAGUUAGGUGUAUAUUGCUUUGAUAUUUUAAAGAUAUUAUUUCAAAUGAUUCUUUCAUAUUUCUCGCUAUUGAAUAUACCUGUCAUUCUUGUAAUGAGACAGUUUUUAAACUUGAAUGUUUAUUAGUUAGUUUACUGUGUAAGGGAUCCAAAUCAGAUCAGAUAACUUUCAUUCAAUGGAGAAAGUGCUUUUACUAAUUGAACGUAAACUCAUUUUGCGUAUAAAACUCAUAAUCCAGAUGGUCAUUUACUAACUCCAUAUUCCAUUUGUAAGCAAUUGUAUAAAUCCACUAUUUUUAGUUUUACACAUUACUUCCGAUUUUAUUUGUGUUUGUCGUUUUUGGUUAACAGAAAGCUUUGACAGCUCUGGAAGAAAUCGACCAGCUUCACCUCGAUUUCGCGAAACGAGCUGCAGUAAGUAAAAAUUCUUUGUUAGCCAAAUGUUUUUUAAAUGAUUUUAUGUUCGCGUAAACAUAGUCUUAAAAUGGUUUAAUACUUAAGUACAUUCUUCUUGUAUGCCAAUUAUUGUACUAUUUGUAGCAAAAAAAACACAAACGCUAAUUUCUCACAAAUAGUGAGUUGAAUUGAAAAAUGAGUUAGCUGGUAUAAUUCUAAUAUGGGAUACCAAUAGCAAUAAGAGUAAUAGGAUUGAUAGCUAAAUUGAUAAUGAGGUAAAUACAGGUUUUAAACUUCUAAACUGGGUCAUUACACAUCCGUAACUAUGUAUCACUUUUAUGCUUAAAGGUGAAGUGCUUACUUUGUUAACUAUUGAUGUUCAAAAUGAUAUAUGUUUAUCAACUAGCAUUUUGGAAAGUAGGAAUUUAGUUCGACAAUUGGUCUACAGAAUCAUAUAAAUUUCUGUUUUAAACCUAUGAUCUCAAUGUGUUUUUAUAGUUAAGUUUUUCCAUACACUACUCAAAGAUUGCACAAACAAUAAUCUUUAUUAAUAGAUUGAUUGACUGAGUUUACUAAAUUAUUGCUUAUAUUUGUAAAAUUUUAUGGACAAAUCCUCUACAAUUCCUAAGAUUUUUUAUUAACUGCUACAAUUGUUUGUCGUUUAUUUUAGCCAUUUAACAAUUGGAUGGAACAAACAGAAGAGGAUUUACGAGAUACAUUCAUUGUUCAUACAAUGCCUGAAGUUGAGGUAAAAUUAUUGUAACUUAUUCACAAAGAGGAGUAAGAAAGAGAAAAGUUUUUCCAUGUAACCAUAAUUAUCAAUGUUGUAUGUAAUAUUGAUUCAGUAAAGUUCUAAUCCAUUGGUUCGGGCAUUCAAAUUUCAACCAAAUUCACUGGACUAGAAUUGAUUAAUAGCAUUUACUACAAGUUUUAUCGUGUGCUUACUUGUUUUGUUGUUUUUAAUACUUUUUCAUGUUUUUUCUGAAAUCCUGCAGAGAUUAAUUGCAGCCCAUCAAACAUUUGAAAAUACCUUAGAUGAAGCUGAGAACGAAAGUCGUCAACUCCAGUUGUGUGCACAAAAGGUUGAAGAAAUAGCUAGUGAAUAUAAACUGGUGAAUGCAACUCAAAAUCCUUAUACAAAUAUUGAACCUCAUGUGCUUCCACAGCGUUGGAAUAUGAUUCGUGAAUUAACACAGAAAAGAAGUGCAUUAUUACAUAGGGAACGUGAACGUCAACUAGCAAAUGAGAAAUUACGACGCGAAUUUGCACAGAAAGCCGAAGCAUUCAAUUCAUCUAUUGAAACUCAUCGUACGGAAAUUGUUAAAGUUAGCAUGGAAUCACAUAGUUCACUAGAGGAUCAACGAAAUAAUUUACAGAAAUUGGAAGAAGAAUUAAAUAGGCAUCAGGAUAAGUUGAAUGAAUUAGAACACGUUAAUCAGGUCAGUUGACCCAAACAUUAUUUCUCUCGUUUAUCUAUUAGUGUAUUUAUCUGCAAAGGAAACUAGAUUAGUGAUGAUCUUGUAGGUUGUCUGGGUUAUGGAGAUCUCCACAUCUCAGGGGAAGUACGGGAUACAAUGGAUGCAACUAGACGAAUUGGACUGCGCAGAUAACCUGCGCUUCUAUCUCAUACACACAAACAAGUGCAGGUAAAUACAACCAGUGUAGCAGCAACCUCUGCAGCAGUAGGCCUCCACAGACACAAGGGAAAAAGCAACAUCCUAAACUAUAAUACAGAACGCCCAUACAGUCACACUUGAUGAAAAAACUCUAGAAGAGGUGGAAAAUUCCAAGUACCUGGACAGCAUCAUCGCUGAGCGAAAACGUAAAGGUGAGAAUUGGUAAAGCAAGAACAGCAUUCCUACAAUUGAAGAACAAUGGAACGCAAAACAACUGUCAACCAAUAUCAAAAUCAGAAUCUCCAGUACGAACGUUAAAACAGUUCUACUGUAUGAGGCUGAAACUUGGAGAACUACCACAACCAUAAUCAAAAAUGUACAAGUAUUUAUAAACAAUUGUCUACACAAGGUAUUCAAUUUCCGUUGUUCAAAUACAAUCAGCAACAGCCUGCUUCAGGAUAAAACAAACUACCAACUGAAGAGUAAAUUAGGAAAGGACGUUAGAAUUGGAUAGGAUAUACAUCAUGGAGAUCAACAAACUACAUCACGAGGCCGAGCGCUGACUUGGAAUCCUAAAGGGAAAUUGAAAAGUGGAAGACAAAGGAAUACAAUGCCACUGGAAUUGGAGCAGACAUCAAAAGAGUGAAUAGCAACUGGAAAGGAUUGUGCAGGACAGAGUUGGAUGGAGAAUGCUGGUGAGUGACUUAUGCUCCUCUAUGAGGGGUAACAGGCGUAUGUAAGUUGGAAACUGAAAGACCUGAAUAUAGGCUUAAAAGGACAACUCUUUAAGGUUGGUCAUAAACGGCCUUUUUGUAGAAAUGUUUUGAUGUAUUAGCUGCACACUUCAAAAGGACCUACUUCUGCAGACACCAAUCCAUGGGGUAAGGCAAUGUUUGAUAUUUUCAGGGUUGACUUUUUUUCAGCUACUCUUUCCAUCGUGAGAAACCAGCAUUGGUGUAGAUGCUCGUUAUCUGGGGAGAACGCCGUACUGCCGUUACAGUUCUAAACGGUCACCAGUUUAAUACUACCGUCGGACCUUUAGUUGCUUACUUCCGUUUUACUGUUCUUCAGCCGACCUUUAUGACAUUGUAGGACAUAAAGAAUAUGUCCCACCCAAUAUAGUUUGAUUUAGUUAUUAAUAUAUGCCAGUUGUUAUAUUGGCUUUGUAGUUUUACCUUCGAGUUUCUGAGUUUUUUGAAUUCGCCGUGAGAUGAAUGCAUUGUAGUUAUUAAGCUGAACGUUAAACUGUACUUUCUCUUAGUUAUAGGGAAACCUUUAAAACUCAAGUUAAAAUCUUAUUCUGUUUCAGACUCUCAUCAAUUGAUAAUUCUAGUUGAUUACGCGUCCUUCACUUGAUGACGAGUUAAGUUCUAAAUAAUAAAUUAAUCUGCUAACUAGUAGUUUUUCUACUUAUCUUUGACUAAAUCUUGAAUUAGUCAGUAUUGAAUAUCAGGGUUGAGUUAGAAAAAAAAAGUGAUAUCUUGAACGUAUAUAAUUUUUUGCAAAAUCCUCUAUGUGAAUAUGCCUGUUCUUUUUAGAGAAUGUUUCUUUUGAAAACGUAAAGUGAAUUCGCCUAAUUUUUUUUUAGCUCUAAUUAGAAGUUGAUCUCCUGUUUUUGUCUGUGUAUAUAACGGGUUAUGAAUGACUAGUAUUAAUUUUAAGUACCUGAUAGUAAUUUCAGUGUAACAAUAUUUGCAGAGCGUAUUUUCGAGUUUUUUGAUGGCAAAUAUUACAAUCCAUCGAAUAUCAGUGUGAAUAUGAAUACUGAGAUUCAGGUUUUUAAACUCAACUGUUGUGAAUCUCAAAAGAGGAAAAAAACAUGCGUUCUCGAUCUCCAUCGCUAGCCACUAGCCAAACUCCAAUGAUGUGACAAUAGUUAAUAUCGUCAUUGAUUUAAAUAAUACUUUGAUUUCAUUUGCUUUUUUCUUUUUUUUCUUAUUACCUAGGCAUUAGAAGAUGCAUAUAUAUUUGAAAAUCCAUAUACUGUUUACUCAAUGCCAACACUGCGCGUUGCAUGGGAACAAUUGUUCACUUUAUUACACUACUCUGUCAAUGAAAUAGACAAUCAGAUAUUAACAAGAGAUUCCAGAGGAUUAACAGCUGAACAAAUGAAUGAUCUGCGUACUUGUUUCAAACAUUUUGAUAAAAAUAAUACUGGACGUUUAGAGCCAAAUGAAUUUAAGGCUUGUCUUGUUUCAUUAGGUUAUAAUUUUAGAGAUGAUAUAAAAAAUGUAAGUUAUAGCAAUUAUUACCAUUAUUGCCAUCAUUCACUAUUUUAUUGAAUAAUGUUCAUUAUUGUCGUGUAUGAUAACUGCAGCUCAAUAAAUUAAAAAUCAACUCCCGUAUUGGACAAACAUGGGAAUUUUUGUUGAGUUCAUCUAACUCAAAUAAGUAUUUUAUAGCAUAACCUUAAAAAAGCAAAUAUGCUGUGGCCAUAAUUUCCUAUUCAUUAAGUCUAAUCAAAUCAGUUGUAACAGUUACUCUAGGUACGCUGUAAUGUUUUGAGAAAUUUGGCUUCAGUAUUGGGGUAAAUGUUUUACUAACAAGUUACCACAAGUUAGAACUGUGGUUAGAUAAUCUAGACCUUCAAAUUUAAAACCAGAAUACCGUCAACCCCUUGGGGUCUACACAAAAUUCGUUUCAUAGUUGUGCACGCAAACUUGAUAUGGUUUCCUAGUUACUUCAAAUGCUACAAGAUUCAGAUCCUCUUAAUAUCGUACUUUAAUGUUCAACCAAAUACUCGAUCUACCAUUUUAUACACUUAACUAAGUUUGGAUAACUGUAAUGAUUGAUGUAGGGUUUAAUGGCUAUGGAGUAAAGUCACCGCUUUAAUUUCUGAGUUACUCGUUGUACUGUACUCUCCAACUGUUACUUUUCCUAUGAACUCUCAGUUUUGCCUUUAACUACUUAGGAACAACCACGCAGGAGUGUACAUAACACAACAUAACCGACCGAAUUUUCUCCAUGUUUUGAUUACUCUUGAUUUAGGUUCUAAAGAUCUCUGGGUAUUAUUAUUAUUUUUAAACAUUUAAUAAUCGAUUUACGUGGAAUAUUGUAUACAUCAUAAGGGUUGAAUCCUCUUAGUAUUAUAUGAUGCAGACUAAAUUAUGAUAAAUCUAAAGAGUACGUGUGGAUUGGAGGGCAUUUUUAGAUUUUUUUUGAAAAUACUAAUUAAAUCAUUCACUAGGUACUUGGGCAUAAGCCACACUCUAAGUGUGAAGGCUAGUGGUGUUAUCCGAUUGUCCAGCCUAAAUUGGAGCACGACUCGAAUCUGUGCGAUUCGAAUGUCUUAACGAUUAAGCCACCGCUCCGAUUAUUGGAGAGCUUUAACCUACUUAGGGAUUAAGAAAUGAAUACAUUAGAUAGUUAAAGGUAAUCGACAAAAAACUAGUCAAUUUAGCAUUUACAGUGUUACAGGGUAUUGAUUUGUUAAAAAUUUUCUACUUGUUUCGCAACAGUCAUUGCCAAAUCUGGCAUCUGGUUCUCGUGGCUCCGUAUGCGUAAGUUCCGAAAAUUUUACUUUUACGUCUGAAGUUAACGUUUUGUAUUUGUAAUAUAUAUUAAUAUGUAUAAUAGUAAUAAUCAUUAAAUGAUUAUAGUUCUAAACCUUUAGGGAAGUCUACCUAAUUCAUGUUGUGUAAAAUAUUCUGGAAUAGGUAUUCUUCAUGUUAUUUAUUAUUUAUUUAUUUUAACACAUUGAUAUUGGUACAAGAAGGCACCAAGUACAUAUGCGCCACACAAAUCUUAUUCGAUAUGUGUGAGGGCUGUGAUACUGCCUGGGUGCCCAAACCGAAGCAGGUGGUUUUCUUAGGGGGCCACUCCCUGAGCCUUUGACCUAAAGGUCUGACCCACAAGGCAGUGAAGCAUCGUAAGGAGAUGCAGUCUCAUGGAAGCCGGUGACCAACGAGUGGUUCAUACGCCAUUUGUUCCCGCAGGAUACUGGAGCCCAUGUGCACCAUCAGUUUGGGAUCCGGUUAAAGCGCCGGACAUUCGCUUUUCGUCCUCUCAUUUUUGUUAAUAGCACCCCCGUCACGAGAAGGCAUUGAGUAGGACUUCCCUGGCAGAGACUAUAUACGCGUGGCCGUGUGAGAGUAUUUCGAGAGGGAGAGAGGACUCUCCCCACUCUCAGCCGUACCAGGGCAUUUGGGGGCAUUAAUCUUAGUUCAGCGAUUAUAUCACUUCUGAUUGUUAGAUUGCGUGUUCAAAGUUCACUCCAUCUAUCUUAGUAACGUUGAUUAUUAUCACGAGACAAUAAUCACGAAGUAUGUGGCUCAUGUAAUUGGUCUGGGUUGUCAAAUGUCUCUUGUAUUAAAUAUUUUUACUAUUGUUGUAGUAAUGUAACGAACUUCAACCUUAAAUUCAUCAGAAAUUCUGGUGAUCUCAUCCAUAACACUCGUUUAUGCAUGCAUCCAGAUAAAAUAUAGCUUAUUAUGAGUGCAAGAUAUGUAAAGGGGAAGCAUAAAUCACUUUUUUAAUGCAUAAAAGGUUUUUUUCAAUAAUAUCGGUUCGUGAAGUUACUGUCUAUUGGUAUGAGAGUCGUUGUUAGGAGCAGAUUACCUAAUAGGAGUUCGCUCGAUGAUUGUGAUCAAUGGUCGAAGUUAUUGUGUGGCAUGACUCGAAAUCAGUCGCACUAACAGACACUUGUUCUUUGUUGCCCUUAAAUUCUUUCUCAAACUAUAUUCUAUAUUUCAUAUCCUGAUUUUUCUAUCACUGAUUUUUUCAUUAACUCAAUUACCAGAUACAGAUUCGUGUACUUGACUUUGAGCCACACUCUAAGUGUUAGAGCUAGUGAUACUAUUGGGUUGCACAUGCAAAAGUGAAGUAGGUUUUAAACUUCAGACCUAGUAGGUGAAAGUGCGACAUCUUGACCACUUAGCCAUCGCCUCACUGGUACUACUGAUAUUACUCUAAUUCCUACUUGUAAAUUCCAUCUCACUGCUAAUAUGUAAUACGACAACUUGGAUUGAUGCAUAUAUAUAUCAGUUCUCAUGUUACUUAUCAUCAACCGACUAAUUGAUGUCAGUCCGACUGAAUAAUAUAGGGCUAAUUCACGGCUUAACAGGAAGGUUUCGAGAAAAUUAAAAAAUGGUCAAUCGAAGAGCAAAAUCAUAUAUAUAUUUGAUCAUGUCUAUUCACAACCCAUUUACUAGGCAUAUGCUCAUAAUAUGUAAAUAAAUAUUGUUUACGGGCAUAAGAAAGUAAACUAAACAAUGAAUCAUUAGGCUAAAUUUAAUUGAUACUAUUUCCUUCCUGUCAUUCAUUAGGACAUAAUUCUAAUGAACUUACCAUGACUUAGAUCUAUUUUGGAAUAAAGUAAAUCAUUACCGCCAACACUUGUUUUCAUUAGUUUUGUCUAUAUUUUCUAUAAAGAUGAAUAAUCUGUCGUCUUCGUUAUUUUAUACGUUGUGUUUACAUUUAAUUGAAGUUUGUCUCCUUUCUGAUCUUUUAAUGGGUACCUUGGUUUUAAUUACUUUUGAGACUUUUUUUGUUUGUAUUAUUCUUAACUCUGUAAUUGUUUUGUAACAUAAUUUGUUGUUAGCAAGAUGGUCACAGUUGAAGUUGUACAUCGUUUUUAAUCAAAUGUUCUAAUGACAAAGCCUGACUUCAUCUCUAUCCUUAUUUAUUGUCAAUGUGUUGUUUGUUGUUGGUAUUGGGGGGAAGAGCAUCAGUCCAUGGUAACUGACAUCUGUGAUCUAAGUUGUGCAGAUAAGGCGACUGGAUUUUUUCUAGUUCGUGUCGAUAUCUAUAGUUGAAGAUUUUAGCUGAUAUUGUAGAGUAAUAUGUAGUAAGCGUUUUAAACGAGUUGGGAUUUUAGACACUGUUGAGAAAAUACCUUCUUCCGUGAAAAAUCCGUUCACGCUUACCAAAAAUUUAGUUUAUUCAAAUCAUAAAUUCAAAUUACUUAAACCAUAUACGACAAUUCAUUUCUAACUUGAUGCCAGUCAUAUUGUUAGAUCGUCAUAUUUAGGGUCACGCAACAAAAUAUUACAAAUACAGAAUAUGUUUAUGGUCGAUAAUAAUAAUAAUUGUUGAAGCCUUUCAGUGUUCAUUUUUUGAUUUAUACUCUAUUGGCGACGGGUGUUGGAGUAUUAGACAAAUCGUACUGGACGAGAUCUAAUUUUCAAGUUACCGUGACUGGUAAAUACUUCAGUGGAAUUUAUGUUUCAUUUGUUCUCAUCUAUUUUGUAAUAAACUUCACUAUUAUAAAACUCUUCUUAGAUUUCAUAAAAGUUUUUAAUUGAUAUACUAUGAAUAGUUUUAUUAGCAAUAAAUCAGUGAGAAUGAAACAGAUUGAGUGGCAUUUCACUUCAAUAUAGUGUGUUUCAACUUUAUUGUAAUGGAGGUGCUCAUCUUUUAGAGCAAUUGAGUUUUAACCGUUAGCUUACAGGUUUGGACCACACUGUCUUAAUAACAGUGCAAUUUAAAUCUAAGCACGUAAAAUUACGCUUAAUAAAUGAGUUAUAGCUUCAUUCAAGUUACGCGUUACAUUCUGUAUUUGUAUUGUCAAAACUGAAGGCUACGAAAUUUUCUCCUGUUGUUAACUGCUUUCAUUGAUAAAUUUCUUAGAAGAUUAUUUCAUGCACAUGUUAGGGUAAAUUCAAGGUGCUCUCCCGAUUAUGAUUAGAGUAUGAACAUACAAAUUUUUCUGAAUGGUGAUAUGCCAAGUAUUAUAGAUUUGCAGUUAGUGUCAAAUAGUCACUAUGUACUUAGUCUAACUCAUUAUCAAUGUAGUCUGUUUGCUUGUCUUAAAUAUUGUUAACAUGUUUACAUAUACUUAGUUAUCCAUUAAAUUUUACAUAACAAAGUGCCUUAUCAUUGGUAAUUCCUUACUUCUGCUGUGUAUAUAUUCGGUUUCUUUAUUUUAAUGCACUAGAGCCUUGAUUGACAUAGAUGAGCCGUUAGUGAAAAAAUUGGUCACCACAUAAUAACUGGUGUCACAAUUUCAACCUAAUAUUACCGUAUUUCAAAGAAGGUACAUCUGUAGCGUUGCACGCUUACUUUUUUGAUGACUUCGUGAUAACCUACCUCUAUUUAAAUAUGUAUUAAUUGGUCGACCAUAGAGCACUUCUGAUUACCAUAUUUCUAAACUUUUUAGAUUUUAGGUUUUAGCUUGUUCUUGUCUUUAGUUGACUGAUGUCAAUGCAUUUUUCUGUCACUGACUUUUUAAACACUUGCCCCUCUACCAAUAGGUUUUAAACUGCAGGCUCAUCUCAUUUAAUUUGGUUUAGACAACUAGACAGUGUCUCCCAAUCUAAUUGGAAGUGUAACUCAAAGCCGAGUACAUGGACGUGUAUUUGAUUGAGUAGAUUAUAUUGAAUAUUUUGUAGAUUUAUCCCACUAAUGUGUAUUUGGAUCAAGUUUUUUUCUCAGUAGUAUGGUUUCCCAUAGUAAUACUAUCUCAUUUUACAGACAAUUAUAUACAUAUAUAUUAGCUUAGUAUAAAUAUAAUGUGUAUUUGCCUGGUAAUAAUAACGUUCUUAUCGAUUUCAUACAGAGUAGAAGUAUGCACGAUAUAGAGUACUUAUAAUUAAAAGUCCACCCUGAUUGUGUUUUAGAAAAAACUUAACUUUUACUCUAUUAUUUUUUUAUUUGUUUGUUUCUUAAUACGGAUAUUCACUACACAACACUUAGUUUAUUUCGAAUGCCCCAGUAUAGAUUGUUUGUAUAGAGACGCGUUAUUGGGGCAUAACUUUUAAAUUCUGUUUUUCAUCAAUAUAUAGCUACCACAAGUUGACAUUAGUCACAAAGUCAUAGGAAAUUCAACAGUACUCGGCUGAAUGGUCAUACACUUCUGUUUCUUAUUUGAGUUAUUUAGACAAAACAAAAUAGGCUCGGUUGUAGUAACUGUUUUUUUCUGAAUCACAGUUUUGUUGUUGUGUAUGUCUAUGUAAUAUUGCCAUCAUGAAGUAAUCGGCUACAUAAGAAGGUUCGAAAUUCCCCGAUAAUUUAUAACAUCUCUCCUAUUUUUAUUAAUGAUUGCAUCAUAGUAACAAUCUGUUUUUAGAAUUACUAAAAGCUAUUCAGAUUGAAAAUCAAUGCGAAAUAAGAUAAUAUUAAGAAAAACGUGACGGUUAUUUUUGAGAUUACAAUUUGCUUCGUAAUUGUAUACUCUCGAUUUAUUUUGAUUAAACAUUUUGACAUAGAAUAAUAAUAAUAUCUAAUAAGCAUGAGUAUUGAUAUUGUUUCUAAUCCUAUCCGAUAUUUAUUUAUGACAAAUUGUGUUUUGAUUAUCCGACAUAUUUCAACAACUUUUUUCUGAAUGAAUUUCCAAUUGUCAAUCGACAUCAUACGGUUUACUAUUAAUAGCACAGUAUCAGUAGUAUAUUUACCCCUCCGUUACUAAUUUACAAUACUGAACUUUCAGUAGUAAAUUUUUAUGUCUACUUGAGUACACAAAGUUAUAGUACUGUUUACUGAAAAGUAAAGUAUACUGUACAAGUUUAUUGUACUCGCUUCUAGGUGCUAUUUUAAUUCAUUCAUCCAGCUACAACGUGGGACUCUCUUCUUUACUUUACUGAGCGUCUUUGUUUAUUCAAUUCAGGAUUGCCUUUUUUCAGGGUUGCUUACAAUUUUUUCGCAGACAUUUCAAGAGAAUGAUGAUGUUACUCAGUAAAACCUCAGCCUUCAUGUUGUAUGUGCCACAUAUCCACCUGCGAUCUGACUUAAUAAGUUUGUUGUUAGCAAUUACUAUAAGAUCUGUGCAUACUUCGUGGAACCAACCUAAACAUUUGUCACACUGCAUAACAAGGAUGUUAGUCAGCUACAAUGUAGGACCAGGCACAUAUGUGCAUCGGUCCAAGUCGACACACCUCAUUAGCACAACAAAAUGGACACCAAAUUCAUAGAACUAGUCACUUCAAUAGCAGUAAUAUAUAAAAGAAAGAUUGUGUAUAAGCAUAUAGUACAGGAAGAAAGAAUUAGUUUGUAGAAAUAAAGGUAUAAUGCAAUUUUAAUCUCACGGUUUAAGUGCAGACAGAGAGUGAAUACAAAAACGCCAUUGUGAUCGAUCAUGUUCCAUGUCACCCAUAGUCUCCAACCAUUGGUUACGAUAGUCACGCGGACCGCAACCAAGUAGUCUGCAUCUACCGACAUGGCUCAGAACAGAAGUUAGUGACUUCAACGACUGAUGUCACGUUUUGGUUUGGCCGCCCUAAUGUUCUUCCAACCAUCUCCAACACUGGUCAGUAUUGCGCGUCGUGGUAAUCGGUGUUCAGGCGUACGUAACACGUGGCCCAACUAUUUCAGUCGAUGAAGAUUUACAACUUCAUCAACUGAUUUACCAUCAUUCCAUAAUACCUUGUGUCUAACCUCACUAUUACUUACCCGGUGAUCCCAGUAGAUGCGAGCAAUAUUUCUAAGGCAUCUGUGGUCAAAUACUUGUAGCUUACGAGUACCUUCUACUGUUAAUGGUCACGUUUCGCAGCCGUAAAGUAGGACAGUACGAACUGCCGCACAGUAUACUGUUCCGUUUAUUGAUAGGCGGAUAUCUAACAUUCGCCAUAGGUGAUGUUGAUAAGUCUUGCUAAUUUGAACGCUUUAUUCGGUUCCUAAGCUAUGCUGGUAACCCGCAAGGUGGAACUAAACAGAGACCUGAACACGAGAGAAAAGGCGCAAAUUCAGCGGAAGCAGUUUACUCUAAAGGUUCAUUUUUGUCCAGAAAAACACGGGUAUUUAUAGAUUAUUAGCAUUUGUCAAAUCAACAUUAUAUUUUUGCCAAUCUGCUAAGAGACAUUAUGCUAAUGAGGGUGUGUCUUGGGCCUCUGGAUGCUCCGUUGCAGUUCUCGGAGUCCGACUCAACAGAUGUAGGCUAGCAAAAGUCAAACGAGCUUAGAUUUUGUCAGAUACCAACCCAUUAGGGUUGACCAGACUUUGAAGAUAAGUGAAGUUGUCGACUCAUUCGACUACUUCACUCCCUAUCUUUACUUCGUGUUGACGCAGGCCAAUCCUGAAUCAACAAUUUGCAUUUAGAGGGGGAUAAAUGACUCCCAAACAUUCUGGCAUUGUCGCUCAGUGCUAUCAAAAGACUGCAUUUUAUCAGCGUUUUCACCCAACAGGAGUAUGUCAUCUGCGUAUUAUAAGUCGAAAAGUGGGCCUCAUGGUAGGAAAUCAAUGCCCGAGAUUUCAAUGGGCGAGAACUUUAUGUUUAGUAGUAGAUCUAUGUUGAAAUUGAUUAAAUAUGAAGAUAGGGGACAGGUUUGACGGGAACCAUUAUAUUUCGCGAAAUCUGAUGACAGUUUGCCAGAAGUUGACUCGACUAGUGUUGUUCGGGUAGAUGUCACUGCUUUUUCCUCAGCUGUUUGUAUAUCUUUCCAAGGAGCAUCCGGGUCAGCCUCGUUUUGAGAACUACUUAAAUCCUACUUCAGUCGUUCCUGGAAUCUAGUUUUUUGUUUUCUCUUCACUGUGUUGAAUUCCAAUGGGUCUUCUUGGUGUCGUUUCACUGAGUUCAGUUAGGCGCAAGAAAACGCGUGCUCGUAUUAGAGCGUAAUCAAAGUCUAAGCAUGUACUCCAGAACGAGCUACUGUCUGCUAUCGCGCCUCCAAACGAUAACUAAUGGCAAUAUGGUCUAUUCGAGUUUUUUGUUGGUUUGUUGUGGGGGGGGCUCGCCAUGUUAGACUUUGUCUCCUUAUGCCUAAAAUUAGUGCUUGCUAAAAAUAAACGAUUGUCUGUGAAUAGUUGCAACAAACGAUCACCAUUAUCUGUUCUCUUCUCCGGAAUUAUGAAUUCCCACCUAAACGUCUUUCUGUUUGGUUUAGUUACCUACUGGAGUUAUAAAGUACUGAAUGUGAAUGUUUAGCUUUAUGAAGAAGUUCAGAAAGCUUUCUGUAAAAGUAAUCUUUCACCUCACCCGGGCUGCAGUCAGUGGUGACGUAGGCAGAAACGACGAAUAGGCAACGAUGUGUGUCCUUAUCCUUCCGAGAUCUUACGGAGCCGUUUAACCGAACAGAACAUAGGCGACUGUUAACAGGGAUCCAUUCUAGUAGUGCUUGUUCUGCCCUCGUACUUAGUGCUAUGCCUACACCUGCCAGUCCACAAGAACUUACCGUCUGGUUGCCAGAUAAAUGGAGGGUGUGUCUUGUCACCUCCCCGUUUUGGCGAGGUGAGGUCAAGUGAAUGACCACACUAGGAUCUUGUAUGCGCGUUUUGAAGACAGCAUAAACCAAUGGUACGAGUUUCUAUGGUUUCAUCCAAGGUGCCCUGCUGGACAAUUUGACAUAAGGUGCGCACUUUGAAGGCUCCAAUGUGUAGUUUGAAGUGAGGUUUCAGUAAACCUGGGACAAUGUUUUUGGUGCACUAGUAUCAUUGAUCAUGGUAACACUUGGGGAAGAAGUCAAAAGAGGAAUUUUAGAGUUGAAGUUCAACUUAGGAAGAAUAUUAGUAAUUGAAGAGGGAGAUUCGUUAUGAAUACUGUGAUCAUGAUUCCUGUUAGAAGUAUUAGGCCGGUAAUCACUUCCCGAUUGUCCACAUCUUUGGUGGGUUCUUUUGGAGGUACCUGAAAAGGAAAUCGGACUAGAGGUGGACUUAGUGACCUGAGAGCGUGAUCGCAUUGUCCAUGGGACAACUGAUUAAGGCCGGUCACACAUGACCUUUUGCAAGUAGUUCUCGUGUUAGCUCUGCACUUGUUGGAACCUUACUUCCGGAGACAGAUAUCCGUGGGAUAAGACAAGGUGUGCAUUUUUAGGGCCGACCUAUUCUAACCCCACCCUUACUUGUGGGAAGGCAGCGUCACUGUUAUGCUUGUUGCUUGAAGGUAACACCUUACUGCUGUCACACCUCUGUACAGUCAGCAGUACGACUUCGCCCUCGGAUCUUGGGUUUGUUGCUUUUAGUUUUACCGCUCUUCAACCUACCUGUCUGGCAUGGUAAGACCUUGAGAAACAAUUGUCCUGGUCAGUGGAGCUCGAUUGGCCCAAACACCAAAUCAAGGUAGCAGUAACGGUCGGGACUGUUCUAAUUGAAAUAGGUAUAGUGAAAUUCGAAACUGCAACCUAAUAUAACCUAUGAGUUUUAUGUGCUUGGUCUCUGGAUGGAUGUUAUUUGGCAUACACUUUUUCAUCUUUAUUCAUAUGAAAUCCUAGGGACCAUGCUACACAAUAAUUUCCUUGGUAAAUUAUCAAUCAUAUUGAUGCAUCUGUUUUUGGCCUGUCCCUUUGAAAAUAUGUAAACUUGAAUGUAGCAUGAUAGGAUGGAGAACAAGCAUUGAGUAAAGUUUUUUGAGUCUAUUUUACGUAUUACUCCCCACUUUCCAAAUUAAUGUUUAAUUCUAGGUAGAAUAGGAGAAUGUAGGUAAAAAGUGUGACUAUUGAAUUACUUAUUCCACAGUGCCCUCAUAUAUUUCUUUACUGAUACUUCUCUCUCUGUAGUUAGUUAAAGACUUGUUGCAAAACUUGAAGGCCAUUAGUCCGAUCAGUUCCUGGGGUCUAUAGGUGCACACUGUUGAGGAAUACUAUAAUGGAAUAAAAUAGCUGUUAAUGUAUCCCUCCCUCUUUCUAAUGUGUUCCGACUGAGUUCAGCCUUUGACGAACACUACUUUUAAAUUAAGGUAAUCUCCACGACAUCCCCUCAUUAAUACUUCGUAUUUCUCUAUUGCAAUUGAUCAAUAUCGAAACGUUUGCUUUAAAAACUUGCAACUUUUCAUGUCAUUUUUAUGGUUUAACGACAUGUUAUUCACUGACUAUAGGUCACUUUUAAAGUUGACGAUAAUAAAUUUUCACUGAAAUUCUUUCGCUUAUAAAACGAAACAAUUUAAAUCGUCACAUGUACGUGCAAUUUACUAUCUGUAUGAGUAAACAGGUUGGCUUGUUAAAUAAACCCACUCUAUCAGAUGGUUUUUGAUAAAAAUCCUAUAAAUAUAUGUAUAUUUGCACACAAUUUUGUGCAUAGGCGUAUCCGUUUCAUCUAAAGUAAUUAACGCAUUGAUAAGCUGUAACACAAUUGUAGAACUCAAAUGUUAAUUUUUCAACCAUGUGACCUGGUUUCUAAAAAAAACUUUAGACCAUCAUAUAACUUGCUAAUAUUUUGUUGCUUAAAGUUGGUAUGUAUGCUUGUUUAGCUCCGUGUAAUUCAAGUAUUAUGGAAAUGAAAAUCAAAUUAUUCAUAUGCUACCUGGUGCUUCUAUUUAUUAAUAUCGAUUCAUUUGUUAACAUUUUAUCAGAUCUAUCAGCUACUUUUUUCAUGUGAAGAAGAUAGUUAUGAUUCUGGAGAAUAUAUAUGUAUAUAUACCUUUUCAUAAGCUAGCGCUAGUCAGUCGGUAGAAUUUUACUACUGGUUUCCUCAACUUCAUAUCAGUGAAGUAGUGAUCCUGGAGUCUAAUUCACAGUGAUUUUGGCAGUGUGUUUUGGUGAUUAGCUUAGUUUUGAUAUGCAGUACUCACUUAGACGUUUUUGCAUUGUUUUUCUCAAUGUUACUAAUUUUUGAAGAAAAGUAAAAGUGUGAGCCAUUGACAACUGUAUUUCAUGCAGUUGUCCGAUCUUUGUCUCAGAUACCUUUAUUCGAAUAAUAAUUGAAUUGACCAUAAAAAUUUCCAGUUUCGCUUUUCCGUCUUCAUCCAUCUUAGCGUAUUACGCUGAUGUGGUGGUGAUGCGGUGGCUUAGUGGUUCAUGCAUUCGACUUUUAGCCACUAAGUCUCAGGUUUGAAUACCGGUCCACUAACUUCACUUUUGGACAACCAGUUAGUAUCAUUAACCAUCAUACUGCUCAUAUACAAGUACCUAGUUAGUGAGUUAAUUUGAAUUUAAAUUAAUACACGAAUAAACCAAAAUAUACCAAUAAAAUGAGUAGUUGAAAAUCAAUUCAUUAAACGAUACUAUCUAUCAACGAUAAGCUUUUAAAUAUGUUUCAAUUGGAUAGAAAUUAUUAUAACCGUCUUAAAUUUUAUGUUCAGCAUUUUACAACACAUAUUUAAUCAGUACAGAAUUUUGUGGAGAUUGUAAAAUUAUGAUGGUUUAAAACACAAGUUGAUCUUAUAUAGAUCGGGAUGCAACAGACUGCCUUUCAUCCUGAUACGGGGACUCUUCGUUAGUGCUCAUCCAUGACCCUGGAUCCGAGAAUCAGACCCAUGGUUUCCGACCAUGCACCCGAGCGCCCAACCUUUAUCUCACUGAGUUGGUAUCCACCGGUGUUGAUGCUUAAUUUCUGUCGAUUCACGACAUUAAAGUGCCCUCAUUCACGGCUCGAGAUGAAUAACUAUCUUGUACUUGACGUGGUCGAAUUUCACUUUUCACGAUUUCUCAUUAUGACUCCAUUUAAUGCUUUUAGUUUUCAGUGGUGGUCUUGACCUUAGUUAACAAGUCCUUUUUUUAAACUUACUUUCGUCCCAUUAACGGGAUUCAGCUUUCGUAUGCAGGUUAUCUCCUGUUUUUAAAUAUCCAUCAUUGGCUUUUGGAUGUUCAUGUUUGUAUUCCUAAUUUCAUCGACAUUCAUCUAAAAUGUAAAUUGUAGGGUUCUUCAUUGUGAUUUAUCUCUUUGUGUGUAUGUAUUUUCUAUUGCAAACAUGCAUAGAAACAAUCAGUUUUGAUAAGAAUAUAUCAGGUUUUAUUCGAUAUAUGUUAAUUUUAUUUUAUUCUAAUUAAGGUAGUAAAUAUUUCACUGAUUUCUUAUUGUGACGAAUUACAGUUUGUAGAUAGUUUUUGUCACAGACCGACAGCUAUCGGGAGAUUUACUUAGAACUAGUUGUCUCAUCCUUUUUUAGGAAUAUUCAACUGUGCAUAGCUAUAAUUCCAUUGACUAUCAAACUUAGAAGUUUAUGAGCCCAUUAUACAUUACCCAGUCAGAAUACAAUUAAUGUACCGUACAUCAUGAUAUUUAUGUAUCUGAAGAAGCCUACGAACUGGGACGAAAACACUAUCUAGUGUUUUACCUGAUUUUCAUUGGUUUCCCAUCUAAUGUUAGACUUGUUUGAUGAAAACUACAUUCAAAUUGAAUUAUCCCACACAAAACCCAACCUUAUCCUAAUUUACAAUUUCUUAUACAAUACAUAUCAGCAAUCUAUAUGUAUUUUCUAUCCUGUUGUUGUCUUUUUAGUUAUAUUUACUUCUAUAGGUCCCUUUUUAAAGAACCCAACUCUUAUACGAGUCUAAAUUAUUUAUGACGCACAUCCUUUAUACGUGUUUUAAUCAUGUUAGCCUGUAAGAUUUACGACCUAUUUUUUCCUGCCAGCAAACCGAAAACAACCGAAAAAUAGACAAUAAGUAAUUUUAAUCAUCUUCCUACUACGUGUAUUUUCUUCUUGCUCUGUUUAAUUAGGUUUUGAUUGAGAAAGGGAAGAAAUUAGCUGAUUAAGCACUGAAUGGAAUAAAGGGCGAACGACAGUUGUUUGAUGAUUAUUGAAAUCAUCAUAACAAACAGAAGUAUUCAGUGUUUACAGUGACAUAAUGGAAUAUUAACAGUCAAAUAUUUUUGAAGUCAGUUAAUUGAAUGAUUGAGUCAACUAUUCAUAAGAGCCUUUUCAAAAUUUUUUCUUGACACAUAAUUUGUCUAAAUUCUAUUAUCAUCGUAUAUAAUUAAUUGUUAAAUAAGGAUUAUUUUAGCUGUGUUUUUUCGAUUCUAUAUAUAUCGGAAAAAAAAGUUUUACAUAAUUUGUCUAUCGCAAUGAAACAAUAAAGAUUCAGUACAUUGUGAAUGCCGACAUUUUACUAUUUAUACUGAUGCAGUAAAUUAUAGAAAAGGAUCAAUAUUGUGUUGAUCUCAUAUUUUAUCAAUAAUGUGUGCUCUUCGAAGAAAGAAUGAUAUUGCUACUCAGUUUUAGGUAUUAUUCAAGUUGAUUUUUGGUUGAUAGCGAUACGUUAAUUCAUCAUAGGAGAAAUCAGGUAUUUUUUCUUAAUAUUACAAUGUCAUUAUAUAUAUUCAUCAUUGAACUUAGCCAUUUGAAAUGUGGGCUUUUGAAAAACAAACUUGUUAACUUUACGGACUUAUCAGUCUUGUACAAUAAGUGUAGAUAUUUUUAAUAUCUCUGUUAAAUAGUUAUAAUUCCAUAUAAAAGCUAAUGAGGUUCUGGUACAUUUCAUGAGAUUAGUCUUGUUUGUCUAAAUUGGAAUAAAAGUAAGACAACAUGUAGAAGAGUUGUUUCAUCAUACAGUAUCAGUUCUUCCUAGUUACCUACGAUAAUUGUAACUAAUGGUUAAUUGUUUUUUCUUCAAUAUUCAUAUGUACUUUUUCAUGUUAUUUAGAAUAAAAGUGACUCGGUAUAUAGAACUUUACUUGAUACACGAAUCUCACUUAAUCAUUUCCUAAUCCGUAGGUAUUACGUGUACUUUGCAUCUUUUAAAUGCAAAGUAAUUUAAAAAGACUGAUAAAAUCAUUUGUAUGCAUUUACUUUUGACCGUAAACCACUAGGGUUGGUCGGAAUAUUUGUUUAUCUUUGUAUUCGUGUGUGUACUAGUGGUGGUGUGAAUGAUGAGACUAAUAUACGGAUAGCGAAAGCCAGGAAGAAACUUAUCCCGAUGUGGUCUAUUUUAGUCCCGUCGUUCGUUUGCUUUCUUUCAUUUAUUAAUUUUAAUUAUACUCCCUUCUCUCUCUACAGAUUCACAAUAUCACUUUCUUAUUCACGUGGCGUAUACUUAUCUUGGUGCUCAUUUCAUAUCAGUAAUUGUGUUUUCAAUAAAUCUUUAAAAAUUGUUUGUAUUCUUUAACGACAGAAAGCCAGAUGAUUAAACGAUCUAUUUGUUUUUAGCUAUAAAAUACUAGUCUAGUCCUCCGUUUUUUUUGUUUCCUGCUCAUUCUUCCGUUGUUUUUUUGUUUAUUUAUUUUAAAUUGUCAGGCGGAAACGGAUUUCUCACGUAUUGUUAAUGAAGUUGAUCCCGGUCAUACAGGUUACAUAUCAUUUGAUGCAUUUUUGAACUUUAUGACACGAGAUAAUGUUGACGAGGCAACUGAAGAACAACUUAUUCAAUCAUUUAAAACACUUGGAGGUGAUAAAGUAAGCUUAGUCUCCACAGAGUAUAUUACAUAGUUCUGUUUUUAUAGUCAUUAUUCUACUGUAAAUGGCAUAAUUUACAAUUCAUUCAGAAGUAUCUAGGAUAUCGUCAUAAGAUGCUUUUGUUUAGAAGAUGUACAAGUAGUUAUGUCUGCAGUUGUUUGCAUAAUUUUAUCAAGAGUACAGAAUUCAAUGUACAUCGGAACCCUUUCGAUUUCAGUAUACAGUAAGUUGUAUGAUCUUCGGCUAAAGCAGUGAUUUAGAUAGACUGAACAAUUUAAUAAAAUUAGAUUGGUGGUUAAAUAUAGAGACGUGAAGAAUUGAUUUUCUUUCAUGCACAUAGUUCCCCUCAUCAUUUUGAAAAGAGCAAGAACAACAAUUCUAGGAGAAUACCAUGAAUUCAUUUUAUUUCGUUGGUUCUCGUCAGCUGCUUACAACCUGUGAUAUCUGACAUUAAAUAUCACAGGUUGUAAGCUAUUCUGCUAGAAUUUUUGCUUUUGCUCUUUUCAGAAUUGAUUUUCUGAUAUAAUCAGCCUAUGUUGGUCAUCACUGUUUUAUUAAAGACAAUCCUGUACUUCUGGAAGACUUGCACUUUUGAACUCUGUAUGGAAAACAUGUUUUGUUACAUACAUAAAAUUCAAUCCUAUGUUUUGCCCAUAUUCAACUUGUAUAGUACUAUUGUCUUUCGGCACCAAGUUUUUGUUGACAGUCAUACGAAAUUCUCUUUUUUCGCCGACGAUAUAAAAUGUAUAAUGCAUCCCAUCCACAGCAUAAUGUGAGUAAUUUAUUUAUUCUUCGAGUCAUCCAAGCCAUAGUUUGAAUAAUUCGGUUGGUAGCGUUGUCAGUAGUAAAGGAUUUUAGCUUUUUAGCUUCUUACAGUCUAAAAUGAAUUGUUUUAUGAAUCAGUUUUCAAGAACCUAGUGAAUACAGUAGAUAUUUAUCCAUCACGAUAUGGAGAUCAAUGUUCGAUCACUUUAUCAGUUGUUAGUUUGAAUUGUAUUCUUUUCGCCAAGAGUUAAAUUGUUUUUAAAAUCCCUCGUUUAUAUUGUUUUAGGGAUAUAUCACUGCUCAGGAUAUCAAAGAACGUCUUUCUGCUAGUGAUGCGGAAUAUUGUUUACAGAAUAUGCCUGUAUUAAAUGGACCAACGGGAGAUUCUGGUGCAUUAGACUUUGAAUCUUUUGCCUACAGUAUAUGUGGUCGUAAACCAACAUCAUGAUGAUAUUGAUGAUAUAAUUGUGUUUAAAAGUUUUGUGCUUCAUUGUUUGUUAGUUUGUAUAACAUCAUUCCAUUUUGUAUUCGUUUGUUUAAUUAUUAGUAUUUUUAUUUACAUAAUGUUAAGUUUUUACUUUGUAUCAUUCAUACCGACGAAAAUGGCAGUUUGCUAUUUUUUUUUUCGUGUUUUUUUUUCUCUAGAAAAAAAUAAUUUUGUGGGACAACACAGUAUUAUUGUUCUUCGGUAUUUUUUCCGUCCAUCUUAUUCCCCAAUUUUUAAUAUAAUUAAAUUUCCCAAGAUAUCUAUUCUUGUAUUUAUCAAAUAUAUACGGAUGUAUGAUUUUUCUUCAUAAGCUGAUAAUGCUUGGUUAGUUUGAGAUAAAAGAACAUCAUUUGAAAUGGUCCCUAUAUCAACUGAACAUUGUUAUCGAUAGUGGUUGAUUUCGUUUCUUCCUGUCUCAGUGUAACACGUUUAGGUUCUGUUGCUUCAUAAUUGAAAAAUUGUUUUUUUAACCACUCAUCGUUUUUUUUACAACAGGUUGUUUACCAUUUUGAUUCAUUUCAACCUAUUACUCGAUAAUUCCACCAUUUUAGUUGGUCAUAUACACACACGCACACAUGUUAAUGUGUUGUUUUUCUCCACAGCAAUAACGUAGUAGUAUGAGAAGGAAUAUUUAAAUUCUAAUCUAUAAGAGAAGUUUGUAUUAACUGACAGUAUUAUAAUUAAUUUAUUAUUUCUUUUUUGAGUUCCCCAAAUUAAAACAAAAUACCCUUAUGUGUCUGUUAUUUAUACAUUAAAUUAAAUUUCAUUUUUUUCGAUAAAAUACAAACUUGAGUGUUUACAUUUUUUGUUCACACAUUACUUAUCUGGAUUUUUUUUCUACCAACAUUUUAAUUUUGUCAGUUUCCACUCUUUAUUUUUUCCCUCUUUAUAUACCUCUUAUUUAAUACAGUUGGAAAUGUAUAAUCUUCCAAGUAAAUUUUUUUAAAUGUUUAAACUCACGUUCUACGAACUAAGAUAUCCUUGUACACUCCUCUGAUAUCCAAGUCUUCGUUAGUCUUCUUGUUUGUGAUUUAUCUGUGUGUGUGGUUUUUUUUUUCAAAUUUGGUUAUUGUUGCAUCAAUUUUCGUAAUAAAAUGAAAUAAAUUUUAAUAAAUUCUUUUAACCAACAAAUAUUUUUUGUUUGUUUCAUUUUUUUUAUAACACGAUUUUUGUUGGUAUGACUAAGGAAUGAAUGUAUAAGUAUGAUCGUUAGUUGUUGAUGUGUGAUAUAUGUGAAUUAGUAGAUUUAUAUGGAUCUGCCUAUAUGUGAUGUUCAACAUACACACAUAUAAUUGAAAGUUAAUUUGUAUAAUAAAAUCAUGUGUAUGCUAGUUUGUUUGAUGUACGUUCUGCUUAACCAUGAAAGUACAGAGUGUGAUAAAUUAAUGGUUUAAUUUCAAUAAAUACGUUUGCAUAAUGAACAGUGAAAUAGGUUAUAACAUCUAGUCUUAAAUUAGAUGAAUACUAAUGAUAUUGAGAGAGCUUUUUACAGCUUUAUAUGCAUAUCAGAUCAUCGAUUAAUACACAAUUUUGUCUUAUGACUAACUGUGAUAUCUUUACUUCACACUUAGUCAAUUUUCUGCAGCCUAGUUACAAGGUAACUGUUUAAUUAUAGUGUUCGAUAAAGAAGCAUACAAGUAUUCUAAGUAAAUCAAGUCACUACUAAUCGAUCUAUUCAGACUUCAAUUUUACUAGCCUGACUCUUCUAACUUUUGUUGCAUAGACGUAUGUUAAGUUGAAGUGCUCAUAUUUUUUUGUUUAUUCAUUCUGAUACGUGUUACGUAAAUAAAAAGUCAUCUUUAUUGGUUCUCAUAUGGUGGUACAUCUAGCUUCCCAACUCCACCUUACUCAACUAUUGAGUUCGUACCUAUCUGUAGAAUGUUAAGUGAUCUAAAUGUUUUUACAUUAAUACUUAUUCUUACAUGAUUUUCAAUCUUCUAAAUUUCAUCAGUCUACAUUAUAUUGUAAGGCUUAGAUGGUUAAUUACUUGACACUUCGUACUGAGGUUUGCAUCUAUAGGUUUGUUUAAUUAGUUUGUCGCUUAAUAUUAUUAUUGUAAGGGGUUGUAGAUAUUGUUAGAUUACAUUGAAAUCACAAGCCAACCUAAGUUAGGCAACCAUCAAAAACCUGGAAUUACUGGAUGAGCGUUUCGCCCCAGUACAGGACUCUUCGGGAGUGUGCAUCCGCGACCUCGUAACCAAGAGUCAAAUCCAAGACCCUUAGUUUUAUAUAAAAUUUCCUGUUUUUUUAUUCUCUAUGAUUAAUAUUAAACUAGUUGUGUGGUAUCUAUUAGUAAACUUUGUUCAACUUAUAGGUCUCAAAAACAAGAUGAAUGCACUCAUUGAAUGGUGUGUAAUCAAUUUACUAAAUUAAGCACCAUAACUAUCUUACAAUUAGUUUUUUCUGUAGAGUUAUUAAGUAUCAGUCUUGCGUUUUGAUUGGACUAAUUG